AUGCAAAUAAUCAAAAUAUUUUGCCUCUAUAUGUACAGAAACAAAGAAGUCUGUUUUGUCUUUCCAUGGAAAACAGCAGAAAACAACUUCAUGUAGUAGUGUUUCCGUGGCUAGCCAUGGGACACCUUAUACCCUACCAUAGGUUCUCCAUCCUGUUAGCUCAAAAGGGUCACAAAGUCUCUUUUGUUUCAACGCCAAGAAAUCUUCUCAAUCUUCCCAAAAUACCCCCAAAACUAUCUUCUAACAUUUCACUAAUUUCUCUUCCCUUGCCUUCAAUUCCUGCUCUACCACCAAAUGCAGAGACCACCACAGACAUACCCUACGUUAAACAACAGUUACUAAAAAAGGCAUUUGAUUUUCUUCGGUCUCCAUUAAUAGCUUUCCUUCAAAAGGUAAAACCAGAUUGGGUUAUUUACGAUUAUGCCUCUCACUGGCUACCAUCUAUCGUCGCCGAAUUGGGUAUCUCAACCGCCUUUUUUAGUCUCUUCAAUGCCGCAACAUUGAGCUUUAUUGGCCCACCGUCGAUGUUGAUGAACGGUGGCGAUUUGCGAUUGACGGCUGAAGACUUUACAGUUGUGCCCAAGUGGGUUCCUUUCGAGUCUAAUAUUGCGUAUCGUGUCCACGAAGUAACGAAGUAUGUGGAGAAGACGGAAGAGGAUGAAACCGGACUGACUGAUUCGGUCAGGUUCGGUUUUGCGAUUGGAAACGCUGAUUUGGUUAUUGUUAGAAGCUCGCCGGAGCUUGAGCCGGAGUGGUUUGACCUUUUUGGCAAGUUGAGCCAAAGACCAAAUAUUCCUAUCGGAUUCUUGCCUCCGCUAGUUGAAGAAGAGAACAAUAAUGCUGACGUUGGUGGAUGGGCCGAUAUUAAAGAAUGGUUAGAUAAGCACGAAGCUAAGUCAGUGGUUUAUGUCGCUUUAGGUACUGAGUCUGCUUUGACUAAAAAAGAAGUGAGGGAGUUGGGCCUUGGCUUGGAGAAGUCAAGCUCGCCUUUCUUUUGGGUACUCAGGAACUCGCCUGAGUCAACCCAGAACGUGUUGGAAAUGCUGCCAGAUGGGUUCCAGGAGCGAGUUAAGGAUCGUGGAAUUGUUUACACGAGAUGGGCCCCACAGGUGAACAUACUGAGUCACGAGUCAGUUGGGACGUUCUUGACUCACUGUGGUUGGAACUCGGUUGUUGAAGGUCUCUCGUUUGGAAAGGUUCUGAUUCUGUUUCCAAUGUUAAACGACCAAGGACUCAAUGCAAGGUUGUUACAUGGCAAAAAGCUUGGGCUGGAGAUACCAAGGAACGAGCUAGAUGGUGCAUUUACGUCUGACUCGGUGGCUGAGUUAGUGAGAAAGUCAAAGGUAGGCUCUGCCGAUCUGGCAGACCCGAUAAGGGGUCUGUUCGGAGACAGGGGUAGGAAUGACCGACUCCUGGAAGGGGUAGUUCAUUACCUUGAAAACGACACAAUGUCCCGGUUAAGGGCCAGCAAGUCAUCUCUUUUAUGUGAUUCAAGAGUAUUAUUCACUUAAAACCUCUCAACCGGCUUCCAAAACAGUGCCUAUAUGUUGUGUCAAUAAACAUUUAUGCACACGCUUAGUAUUCUGUUGACAAAUUUGUCUUACAUGAAGAAAUUUUCAAAUAGCUUUUCUCCGAGAAAGAGAACUCAUAAUAUAAAGUACAUGCAGCAAUUCACAUA